UUGCUACUCUCAAGACCUAUUAAUGAUUUGGAUAAUGCAAAAUAUCAGAAAUGCUUUGCCACAAUAGUGGACCUUGAUGAAAAUGGGAUAAGCAUACAGAAUAAUCAGCAUCAUUGUGAGGAUUCAGAUCUGGUGUCUCAAGCAAAUUCUGUGGAUGAUACUAACCUUGAAGAAGUAGUUGUAGAUGAGACUAGUACUACAACUGAGGCUAUAAUCAGUCAUAAACCGGUGCAGCUUGAUAAUGAAGUACAAAUUAACACUGGGGUAACUUCUGGUGAGCAAUUCAUUGCUGUGCCUAGAAGACAACCAGGUGGAGCUUGUGUGGGCUGUUCGAGUCAUGUUAAUCCUCAAGCUCCAGGUGUUACAGAAUUAGCAACACUCGGUGUCAAACAUUUAAAUAUUCACGAACAAAAUGUGAAACAUUCCCUUGAAACGGUUUUAGAUGUUGAGAGACAGGUUCAAGUCGUUAAUGGCGUUAGAUACAUUUUAAUACUACAAAUAGGAUAUGAACCAUGUGUAACUACGAGUGAGGGAUGUGUUGAUAGAAAAAUCUGUAAAAUAUCUAUAUUAGAAAAGAGUUGGAUCAAAUUACCAGAUGGUUCUAAAUAUAGAGCCGUAUUAUCUAAUAAUUGCACAGAGGAAUGGCAAUUUGGUGAUGAAGGCGAAAUAAUAACGAACGAUGAAAAUAAUCCACACACUAACAAUCCCAUUGAUAAUAACCCAAAUCCUACAUCUGACAAUGAUAAGGGCGCUAGUACUGGUUCUGUUGAAGAAAUUAUUAAAUCCGAAAAAAAUUUGGAUGUUCAAUCUCAGCCUAACCAGGGACUCAAUGAUGAACAGAUAAAAAAAAUAGAAGAACAAAUCAUACCAUAUGGUCAUAUUUACGAAACUACAACAAAUGUGAACAUUUUAGAAAAAUCUGAUCAACCUUUGCAAGAGAAAGUUCAUAACGUUGACAAUGCUGAAAUAAUUAGACACCAAGUAGAUAAUUCAAUUCCAUUCAAAGAACCUUUAUAUCAGGAAAAGGAUAGUUUUUUAGGUGAGGAUAGAAAGAAGGCUAUUGACGAUUUAAUAAAUUUUUUCGACGCCGCCGGUUUCGACUUUAACCAAGCAAAAGUUCCGAGAACGAGGAGAAGUUAUAGACAUGAUUUGAAAAUUAUGGCACUAACUGAGAAAAUUCAUAAAAUAAAAAACAACAUUAAGAACGCUAAAUACCUUUACGCUCUGGCACAAGAAAUGGUUGACUACCUCAAUGAAAUUGACUUUGAAAUAAAAACACGAACACUUGUGGAAGUUGUAAAUGCUGAAGAGGAAUUCGAAAACCAUCAACACUUUUUCUAUAUUCAGGCAAGAGUUAUCAUACCAUGUGAUAAAGCAGAUUGCGAUGGCAAAGAAGGAGAAAUGAAAAUCUGUAAUGGUGUUAUUGAAGCAAUAGAAAAUGAAAGACCUCAAAUUCUUAACGCUUUUUGCUAUGCUGAUAAUGAAAAAAAACAUGAUUUCACAAAGGCUGAGCCAAUAGACCUGGAUGAUCCUGUUCUAAUGAAAUUAACAAAAGAAGCUCUUAAAAAAAUUGAAAAAGAAUCCCUUCAUUACAACGCUUUGAAAAUAGAAAAAAUUGUACAACCAACCACAAAAAAAUCUUCUUCCGGUACCCUUACAAAAUUUUCUCUUAGCCUGUCGUUAACAAAUUGUAAUAAAACAGUUCCGUAUGUAAAUAGGGAAAAUUGCACUGUUAUGCAAGGCAAUGAUUCUAGUAUUUGCGAAGUGACGAUACUUGAAAGACAUUGGUUAAAGGAGAAAAAACUUACGUAUUCUUGUAUGUCUAGACCGUUUGAUGAAAGAUUUUCUGCUAAGAAACAGGUGGAAACGAAACCCGUCGUGACUCAGGAUCCUAAGAUUUUAGAAAUGGUUCAACAGGCCUUGCAAUAUCUAGAUUCGAAUUCCAAUAGAAAUAAUAAGCAAAAAGUCAUUGAAAUUAAAUCAGUAUCUACUCAGCUUAUUGGUGGAUUGAUAACUCAAGUGGAAUUCGUUGCUGGUUACACUGAUUGCCCCAGUGAAUUUAAUGUAGAUUUAAAAAAAUGUAAUUUGCUUGAAAAUGAAGCAUUACGAAAAUGUAAAGCAGAAGUUUGGGAUCGACCUUGGUUGAGUGACGGUAGGCAAAUAAAAGUUAAUUGUGAUGAUUCUUUUCAUGGACAAUCUAACUUCCAUAGGAAAAAACGGGAUGUUUCUGAUAGCCAACAUCUUAGAGAAACUUAUGAGCUAAAGGGCGGUCCAAAGGUAUCAAAUGAAAAAGACACAAAAUACUUGUAUCUGGCACAAAAAUCGUUACAUCAAUUCUUGCAAAGUAAUGGAGUUAGUGAGAAAUUUGAAGUCUUAAAAGUAAAUAAAGUAACUGAACAAGUAGUUGCUGGCACCUUAACCGAAAUCAAAUUUACAAUAACUUCUCAGAGUAACGGUGAUAACAUAAACUGUCAUUCGAAAGUUUGGGAAAAGCCUUGGAUGAAUUUCGAAGAAAUAACUGUGACUUGUGAAGAAUCACUCCAAAAUAGACAAUCCCGCCAGAAACGAGGAGUAGAUGAUGCCCCACUUGUCGGUGCUCCACAGAAAGUCGACGCGAACGACGGUAGAUACUUAAACCUGGCUAGAAAGUCGUUAAAUCAAUUCUUGCAAAGUAAUGGAGUUAGUGAGAAAUUUGAGGUCUUAAAAGUAAAUAAAGUAACUGAACAAGUAGUCGCUGGCACCUUAACCGAAAUCAAAUUUACAAUAACUUCUCAGAGUAACGGUGAUAACAUAAACUGUCAUUCGAAAGUUUGGGAAAAGCCUUGGAUGAAUUUCGAAGAAAUAACUGUGACUUGUGAAGAAUCACUCCAAAAUAGACAAUCCCGCCAGAAACGAGGAGUAGAUGAUGCCCCACUUGUCGGUGCUCCACAGAAAGUCGACGCGAACGACGGUAGAUACUUAAACCUGGCUAGAAAGUCGUUAAAUCAAUUCUUGCAAAGUAAUGGAGUUACUGAGAAAUUUGAGGUCUUAAAAGUAAAUAAAGUAACUGAACAAGUAGUCGCUGGCACCUUAACCGAAAUCAAAUUUACAAUAACUUCUCAGAGUAACGGUGAUAACAUAAACUGUCAUUCGAAAGUUUGGGAAAAGCCUUGGAUGAAUUUCGAAGAAAUAACUGUGACUUGUGAAGAAUCACUCCAAAAUAGACAAUCCCGCCAGAAACGAGGAGUAGGUGAUGCCCCACUUGUCGGUGCUCCACAGAAAGUCGACGCGAACGACGGUAGAUACUUAAACCUGGCUAGAAAGUCGUUAAAUCAAUUCUUGCAAAGUAAUGGAGUUACUGAGAAAUUUGAGGUCUUAAAAGUAAAUAAAGUAACUGAACAAGUAGUCGCUGGCACCUUAACCGAAAUCAAAUUUACAAUAACUUCUCAGAGUAACGGUGAUAACAUAAACUGUCAUUCGAAAGUUUGGGAAAAGCCUUGGAUGAAUUUCGAAGAAAUAACUGUGACUUGUGAAGAAUCACUCCAAAAUAGACAAUCCCGAAAGAAACGAGGAGUAGAUGAUGCCCCACUUGUCGGUGCUCCACAGAAAGUCGACGCGAACGACGGUAGAUACUUAAACCUGGCUAGAAAGUCGUUAAAUCAAUUCUUGCAAAGUAAUGGAGUUAGUGAGAAAUUUGAGGUCUUAAAAGUAAAUAAAGUAACUGAACAAGUAGUCGCUGGCACCUUAACCGAAAUCAAAUUUACAAUAACUUCUCAGAGUAACGGUGAUAACAUAAACUGUCAUUCGAAAGUUUGGGAAAAGCCUUGGAUGAAUUUCGAAGAAAUAACUGUGACUUGUGAAGAAUCACUCCAAAAUAGACAAUCCCGCCAGAAACGAGGAGUAGAUGAUGCCCCACUUGUCGGUGCUCCACAGAAAGUCGACGUGAACGACGGUAGAUACUUAAACUUGGCUAGAAAGUCGUUAAAUCAAUUCUUGCAAAGUAAUGGAGUUACUGAGAAAUUUGAGGUCUUAAAAGUAAAUAAAGUAACUGAACAAGUAGUCGCUGGCACCUUAACCGAAAUCAAAUUUACAAUAACUUCUCAGAGUAACGGUGAUAACAUAAACUGUCAUUCGAAAGUUUGGGAAAAGCCUUGGAUGAAUUUCGAAGAAAUAACUGUGAGUUGUGAAGAAUCACUCCAAAAUAGACAAUCCCGAAAGAAACGAGGAGUAGAUGAUGCCCCACUUGUCGGUGCUCCACAGAAAGUCGACGCGAACGACGGUAGAUACUUAAACCUGGCUAGAAAGUCGUUAAAUCAAUUCUUGCAAAGUAAUGGAGUUAGUGAGAAAUUUGAGGUCUUAAAAGUAAAUAAAGUAACUGAACAAGUAGUCGCUGGCACCUUAACCGAAAUCAAAUUUACAAUAACUUCUCAGAGUAACGGUGAUAACAUAAACUGUCAUUCGAAAGUUUGGGAAAAGCCUUGGAUGAAUUUCGAAGAAAUAACUGUGACUUGUGAAGAAUCACUCCAAAAUAGACAAUCCCGCCAGAAACGAGGAGUAGAUGAUGCCCCACUUGUCGGUGCUCCACAGAAAGUCGACGCGAACGACGGUAGAUACUUAAACCUGGCUAGAAAGUCGUUACAUCAAUUCUUGCAAAGUAAUGGAGUUAGUGAGAAAUUUGAAGUCUUAAAAGUAAAUAAAGUAACUGAACAAGUAGUCGCUGGCACCUUAACCGAAAUCAAAUUUACAAUAACUUCUCAGAGUAACGGUGAUAACAUAAACUGUCAUUCGAAAGUUUGGGAAAAGCCUUGGAUGAAUUUCGAAGAAAUAACUGUGACUUGUGAAGAAUCACUCCAAAAUAGACAAUCCCGCCAGAAACGAGGAGUAGAUGAUGCCCCACUUGUCGGUGCUCCACAGAAAGUCGACGCGAACGACGGUAGAUACUUAAACCUGGCUAGAAAGUCGUUAAAUCAAUUCUUGCAAAGUAAUGGAGUUAGUGAGAAAUUUGAGGUCUUAAAAGUAAAUAAAGUAACUGAACAAGUAGUCGCUGGCACCUUAACCGAAAUCAAAUUUACAAUAACUUCUCAGAGUAACGGUGAUAACAUAAACUGUCAUUCGAAAGUUUGGGAAAAGCCUUGGAUGAAUUUCGAAGAAAUAACUGUGACUUGUGAAGAAUCACUCCAAAAUAGACAAUCCCGCCAGAAACGAGGAGUAGAUGAUGCCCCACUUGUCGGUGCUCCACAGAAAGUCGACGCGAACGACGGUAGAUACUUAAACCUGGCUAGAAAGUCGUUAAAUCAAUUCUUGCAAAGUAAUGGAGUUAGUGAGAAAUUUGAGGUCUUAAAAGUAAAUAAAGUAACUGAACAAGUAGUCGCUGGCACCUUAACCGAAAUCAAAUUUACAAUAACUUCUCAGAGUAACGGUGAUAACAUAAACUGUCAUUCGAAAGUUUGGGAAAAGCCUUGGAUGAAUUUCGAAGAAAUAACUGUGACUUGUGAAGAAUCACUCCAAAAUAGACAAUCCCGCCAGAAACGAGGAGUAGGUGAUGCCCCACUUGUCGGUGCUCCACAGAAAGUCGACGUGAACGACGGUAGAUACUUAAACUUGGCUAGAAAGUCGUUAAAUCAAUUCUUGCAAAGUAAUGGAGUUACUGAGAAAUUUGAGGUCUUAAAAGUAAAUAAAGUAACUGAACAAGUAGUCGCUGGCACCUUAACCGAAAUCAAAUUUACAAUAACUUCUCAGAGUAACGGUGAUAACAUAAACUGUCAUUCGAAAGUUUGGGAAAAGCCUUGGAUGAAUUUCGAAGAAAUAACUGUGAGUUGUGAAGAAUCACUCCAAAAUAGACAAUCCCGAAAGAAACGAGGAGUAGAUGAUGCCCCACUUGUCGGUGCUCCACAGAAAGUCGACGCGAACGACGGUAGAUACUUAAACCUGGCUAGAAAGUCGUUAAAUCAAUUCUUGCAAAGUAAUGGAGUUAGUGAGAAAUUUGAGGUCUUAAAAGUAAAUAAAGUAACUGAACAAGUAGUCGCUGGCACCUUAACCGAAAUCAAAUUUACAAUAACUUCUCAGAGUAACGGUGAUAACAUAAACUGUCAUUCGAAAGUUUGGGAAAAGCCUUGGAUGAAUUUCGAAGAAAUAACUGUGAGUUGUGAAGAAUCACUUAAAAAUAGACAAUCGCGGAAAAAGAGGUCGAUAAGCAUUUCAAAGCAAAAACGUGCCUUUAAAGGACGCGCCAUUAAACAAGAACCCAAUAAAGCCGAAUAUAAAAUUUUAGCUGAUAAAUCACUAAGAACAUAUUUACAAGUGCAAAAAAUAACAAAUGAACACAAAGUGAUAUCUGUUGAGCGAGUGACGUCCCAGAUCGUAUCAGGAAUUAUCUAUGAUAUUGACUUCAUUGCUUCGUCUAUUUGCUCUAAAGUAAACCAAAACAAAAAAAAGUGUGAUAUAAAUGACAUCAGUAAACUUUAUUGUAAUGCUAAAAUUUGGAAACAACCUUGGAGGAGUCAGGAAAAAAUCGAUGUCGAUUGUAAUAGUGAUAUUAGUGAAGAAGAUGAAAAAUAUAGCAGAAAAAAGCGCAAUAUUAUAGGAGCUCCUACAAACUAUGUUGAUGACGAAAAUGUUAAAUCGUUGGUUGAUGAAGCUGUGACAAAAUACCAAGAAUUAUCAAACACCAAGUACGUGCAUAAGAUUGUAGAAAUCCACAAUGUGAGUGAGCAAAUUGUAUCUGGUAUUAUUACUAAAUUGGAUUUUUCAAUUUCGCCAACAAACUGUUUGUUGGCAGAUAAUGCUAUGCAUAUCGAUGAUUGUCAAAUGCAAUCAUCUGAUAAAAUAUUACGUUGUUAUGCGCAAGUGUGGGUUCAACCAUGGAUUCAAUCAUCUAAAAAAAUUGAAAUAAAUUGUAAAAAAAGUAGUGAGGAAAGUAAACGAGACUUAGAAAAUAAUAUGUAUUCAUCUGAUCGAAAAAAGAGGCAAAUUAUACACGAAGAAGAUGACAUCGAUGAAGAUACUAAGUAUUAUUAUGCUGAUCGAGCUGUACAUUACAUAAAUGAAAAAGAAACCACAAACAACUUGAAUAAACUCAUAACUAUCCACGCGUUUGAGAGCAGUACAAAUAUGGGUGUCAACAUGAUAAAAAUGUACAUAGAAAUAGGUUUAACUUAUUGUUUAAGACAUGAAGAUGAAGCGGAUCUACAGAACUGUGAAGAAUUGUCUGGUAUCUUUCACAGACUUUGUUAUGUUCGGUUGUGGCCCUCCCCCGAUGAUGAACUAGUGGUUCAAAGCUUGGCUGUGGUUUGCGACGACGAAAGGGACUUCAAAAGCGUCACGGGCCUGUCAAUAACGAAUCUUAUUAAAGAAGCUGUUAGGGAAUUAGAAUCGUCGCCUAAAAUUAAAAACAAGUUGGUUCACCUCGGAGAACCACACGUUGUACCUAGCCUUGAUUCCCGUAAGCCCACGAAGUUAAGGUUUAUAGUGCGAGCUACAAAUUGUUCCAAGUACAUAGACCUUGAGAAAAACCGUUUCCAAUGUUACAUUGAUAAUUCUAAACUUCCAAAACCUUGCACAUCAAAUAUCUGGAUGGCAGCCAACACAAAAAAAAUAAGAAAAGUCAUUACACGAUGCAAUAGAGAAACACCGAGUCGUAGCAGAAGAUCGCUUUCAUUUGAUACGACAAACACAACUUCCGACGAAAAACUUAUUCAAGGUAUGGUAAGAGAAUCGUUGGAAAAGUUAGAAAUGACGUCGCCAUUAAACUAUAAACAAAAGUUGCUACAGAUCAACAGUUUUAUGACUAAUAUUACCAGAGGAAGACUAACAACAAUAGAUUUUGAUGUAGCUUAUACAAGUUGCUUAAAAUAUGAAUGGAUUGAUAAUAUGACUGCUUGUGAGGUAAUGGAGCACCUGCCCAGGAGACAUUGCAUAUCACAGGUGAGGGAACGGCUGUGGAUACAAAAUGGUAGAGAAAUAACAGUUAACUGCGACGAUGAUGAAACACCGCUGGAAUCUCACAUAGAGUAUGAGACCGCUGAUAACGGAAUGGCUUUGGCUAACGAGGCCUUGAAGCACAUCGAAGCUAAAUAUCCUCAUCCAAAUAAACAAAAAAUAGUAAGAGUAUUCUCAUUGGAGAAACAGCAGGUAGCUGGGCUGCAUUUUAGAUUGAAAUUAGAAGUAGGCAUCACAGACUGUCUAGCCUUGAGUGCCAAGAAGGACUGUAAGCUAACAAAAAAUAUGUCAACAAAUAAAUUCUGUCGAGUAAAUAUUUGGUUGCGUCCAUGGUCCGAACAUCCGCCUCUUUAUAGGGUGAUAUGUGACUAUCAGGAUGAAUCGUCCCAUGAAUUUUUCUUCGAAAUUCAGGCUGAACGUCUGUUUUCCGAUUUCCUAACUACGUACAUGCCGGACUACAUCGAAAAUAAAUCAGAAAUGGUCAAAAGAUACAACAUAUUUAAGGACAACGUUAAAAGAAUACACGAAUUAAAUAUACACGAGCGUGGAACGGCGACUUACGGAGUUACCAGAUAUUCGGAUCUGACUUAUGACGAAUUUGUAUCAAAAUAUAUGGGCCUUAAGCCGAAUAUGAGAAACGAAAAUCUGAUUCCAAUGAGAAAAGCGGACAUUCCAGAGGUGGCUCUACCAGAAAAUUUCGAUUGGCGUGAAUAUGAAGCUGUUACUGAAGUGAAGGAUCAAGGCUCUUGCGGGAGCUGCUGGGCGUUCAGUGUUACCGGUAAUAUCGAAGGUCAGUAUAAGGUCCAGACCGGGGAAUUGGUCUCUCUAUCGGAGCAAGAAUUGGUGGAUUGUGACAAACUUGACGACGGCUGCAACGGUGGACUACCGGAUAAUGCUUACAGGGCUAUAGAACAGCUGGGCGGUUUGGAGCUGGAAUCUGAUUACCCUUACGAGGGUGAGAACGACAAAUGCGUGUUCAACAAAACGAUGUCCAAGGUUCAAAUCAGUGGCGCUGUCAAUAUAUCGUCCAACGAAACAGAUAUGGCUAAAUGGCUUAUACAGAAUGGUCCCAUCUCUAUUGGUAUAAAUGCUAACGCUAUGCAGUUCUACAUGGGUGGUAUCUCACACCCGUGGAAGGUACUCUGUAACCCCACGAACUUGGAUCACGGUGUUCUCAUAGUUGGCUACGGAGUUAAGAACUACCCUCUCUUCCACAAACGUCUUCCAUACUGGAUAGUGAAGAAUUCAUGGGGAAAGUCGUGGGGCGAGCAAGGUUACUACCGAGUGUACAGAGGCGACGGUACUUGUGGCGUCAAUCAGAUGGCUAGUUCCGCUGUUAUAUAG